UCCGUCUUCGCCCCGGUAUCGAGGAAUGCACUCCCAUCAUGCUGUUGAGCUGUCUCAAGUGUCUCCGAGCCCACGAGGACGUAAAGGUGCUCACCUCCACAGAAGAGUGGGAUCGUCACGGCGAGGAUGCCCGUGACGGCGAGGUCGCGCUGGAGGUUGUGACAGAGCAUGGUGACAUUGAAGGUGCAUCUGCGCUGGCUGAGUUGCACAUCGAAGGGCUCCUUCGGGAUUGGCCUGACGCCGACGACCCCCGUGCGGCCGGGUUUUACAUGGCGGUUUAUUCUCGUGAGCGUGUUUCGGAUGCCGAGAGUAAUGUUGAGGAGCAUGUCGAUCAAGUCGAUGCAGACCUUGAGGCUUGCACGCAGAGCCUCCGGCUUGCCGAGAUCGGGUCUUUUGGAGAGGACUUGGAUACUGCAGUGGCAGCGUUGGACGAUUGGCAUAUGUGCGAGAAAUAAGUGGAGUGGCUGUUAGAGUGGCUUUUCAUGGAUAGGGAUAGGGAUAAUAAUUGGGAGUUGGUUAUUUUCUUGCAUCUGCGCAGGUUCUAUCUAUUUUUCAUCUCCUCUCUUCCUCCCUUCUUCUCUUCAAGAUUGUAUUGUAAAAUAUUGUGUGUAUCCUAUGUUUGUACUCUGAGGAUAGACUCAUCUUGAGGCCUUAGCCAAACCCAGGAUUGUGGACUCGUUUCCGUGGUUCCAGAUAUAUCCACAUUAUUCAGCGAUCAUCCCACCUUGCAGUGGUGCCAGAUCAAGUAAACGCCACCCCAAG